AUGGAAAGGGAGGUCAAGUCCGGGAAGUGGGACUGGGUCGUUUGGGCAGACUGCGACACGUACUUCAUGAACAUGAGCAUCACUGUGGAGAGCGUCCUGUUUACCUAUGCUGGCAGAGAAGAGAGCGGUGAGCUCACUCUGGAUCCUGAGGUGCAUAUGAUUGUCAGUGAAGACAGCGCCAUGCUCAACACGGGCAUCUUCUUCGUCAAAGGAACCAGAUGGGCCGAGCAGCUCUUUGAGCGAGUCUGGGGCUGCUAG